UAGAUGGUGCCUUUCGUCCUCUGCCUCGGAUCUUCCGUUGAUUCCUAUGCGGGAAAAUUUCCAUUGUCAACAGCAUUGGAGUGCCCUCUUUCAUUGGCCAUGCCUAGAAUUCCGAGAGCAGGUGUGGUUGGUUCGGCGUGAUUCGAUCGCAUCGAAGGUUAUGCAGUCAUGCUUUGGGAAGACUCUAUAUCCAAUCCACUGCGGACAUGGCUUGUUAACUGUCUCGAGACAUUCUUACAUUUGGGGACUUUUAGUGGAGAUCUGCUGCUACUCUCUCAUUGAGUGACACGGAGAGGCAGAAUGCAGUAAAAGGCGACACAGCCAGUUCUAACCUCAAAUUAUAUAAAUUGAAAAUUUGUCCAU